AUGUAGUAUGCGAUUUCCCAGGCGCGUGUGAACGCGGCUCCCGCGACCAUGCUGCGGCCACAGCGGCCCGGAGAUGUGCCUCUCGGGGCCUCGCUGUACGAGCUGGUGGGUUUCAGGCAGCCACCCAUCUCGUCGUCCUCCUCCUCUCCCACCGCGUCUCUCCACCCCAAGGCUGCGCGCGAGAAGCCGGAGGCGCCGCUCGCCGAGCCUCUGGGAACAGCGCCGGAGAGCGGGGGCGCGCGGGCCGACGCCAGAGAGGAGCAGCAGCAGCAGCAGCAGCUGCGGCGCAAGAUCAACAGCCGCGAGCGGAAGCGCAUGCAGGACCUGAACUUGGCCAUGGACGCGCUGCGCGAAGUGAUCCUGCCUUACUCCGCGGCGCACUGCCAGGGCGCGCCGGGACGCAAGCUCUCCAAGAUCGCCACGCUGCUGCUCGCCCGCAACUACAUCCUGCUGCUGGGCAGCUCGCUGCAGGAGCUGCGCCGCGCGCUCGGCGAGGGUGCGGGCCCCGCCGCCCCGCGCCUGCUCCUGGCCGGCCUGCCCCUGCUGGCCGCCGCGCCGGGCUCCGUGCUGCUGGCGCCCGGCGCCGUGGGGCCCCCCGAGACGCUGCGCCCCGCCAAGUACCUGUCUCUGGCGCUCGACGAGCCGCCGUGCGGCCAGUUCGCGCUCCCCGCUGGCGGCGCAGGCGGCCCCGGCUUCUGCUCCUGCGCCCUGUGCAAGUUCCCGCAUCUGGUCCCGGCCGGCCUGGGCUUGGCGGCCGUGCAGGCUCAGUUCUCCAAGUGAGGGCCGGCUGGGCCCGGGGCGGGGGCGGCCUCGGCCAGUCUGCCCGCGCCCUCGCGUCCUGGCAGGGAGCUGGCCCCAGGAAGAAGGGCCUUUCCAGACUUCUCACCCAGACCAUAGACUGCGGGGCGCCUUCUUCCCCUCCCCCACUCCCUGGCAAUUAAAGUGGCCCGAGCGGGUAUUCGGUCGCUUGGGGUUCUAGCUGGAUCGCGCCGCUUAGAGCCGGGAGCCGCCGCAGCCUCACCUUAAGCUCACCCCGCGGCGGGGGUGGCCCCGCUCUCCUGCAGCAGUGCGCACGGCGGGGCCGCGGAGGACGGCGACGGGGGUGCCCUGGGUGCGGCGGUCCGCCACCUUGGUGGCCCGGCAGGCGCCAGCUCCCGGGUCUAGGGCCAGCCCCCCCCCCCCCAGCGUCACACAGCCCUCUCUCCUUGUCCCAGCCCGAGGGCACGGGCUCCCUCGCUCCUAGACAAGCCAAGCCCAGCGGACCUGGCGGUUUGGAAAGCGCAGGCCUGGACCACACACCAGGGCCUUGCGGGCGGGCCGCCCUGGAAGGCCCAGAGUUUCUGAGCGGGGCGUCGCGGGGCGCGGGAGGGGACGGCGCCACAGUCGUUGGGUGUGCGAGGUGGGGAAGUUCCUGUGGUGUUUUGUGGCUGUUUCCUCUCCUUAAACCCUGGAAACCGACUUAGACUCUGCGUCCUUAAAGGUAGCCUAACCGACAUUGGAGCUGGCGUGAAAACAAAACUCCAGCCGCGUCUCACGCCAUCGGUGUUCCGGACUUACUAAAAUAGGUAACAAGGCACGUCAUAGCUCACGCCUGUGAACUCGGUCAUUAACGAGGCGGACGAGGAUCCCAACCGCCGCGGCUGGACAAAGCCAGCUGCGCCGCAGGCGGGAAGGCGCGGGCGCUCCGCGCGCGGGUCUCCAACCGCAGCCGCGCAGCUGAGGGGCUCUGGGCACGCGUGGGCGCCGAGUCCCGGCUCGUGCUUAGCGUUAGGAGGUUGCCCGAGACUGUUUCAUAAUCUUCACCAGCUUGCUCUGAUUUUUUUUUUUUUUUUAAAUGUUGGAAGCUUCGGGUUGUUAACAAUAGCCGAAUUUAACUGGCAUUUUAUGUGACUUCUAGCUUUGUUCCCCUGAAUGUACAGAAACCACAAAAUAAACCGUCAACAGUCGACUUUUUACGUUUUUCCUUCUGUUAAAUAAAAAUGUCCUUGUACCCUGCUGGAGUCACA